AUGAUUAGAUCAGAAGGCAUGAGUCUUUAUUAAUUGUUGAUUCCAAGAGAAUCUUCUUAUGAUGUUAUGAGUGAAUUAGGAUAGAUAGAUAGUGUAAUGAUAAUUGACCAUCAAUAGCAUUUACUGUCUAAGCCCUUUAUUAAUUAAGUCCAAAGGUAAUAAUAUAUACUAAUGUUAGAUGUGAUGAAAUAUUGAGUAAAGUAGAGUAUCUACUCAAUUAAUUAAAUCAAAUAGGAUAGACAAUUGAACAUGUUUAUGAUUUUAAAUUGAUGUUGUAGGAAUUUGAUGUAUGAAAAUAUUUGUAAUAUAGAGAGUCUUAUCAUUAAAGUAAAUUCAAAAACAUACAUUUAUAAAUUAAAUUGAGGAAUACAUAACUGGAAAAUAUUAAUAAGUUUAAUAAUAAAUUGACAAUUUAUCAAGAUUGAAAUCUAAACUAUAAAAUACGAUAGAAGCUAAAGAAGCAAUGAUUAAUGCAAGGAGAUGGUUAGGAAUAGCUUACUUUCAUAGUAAAUCAAGUACUGCAUUAGAUUUUGAUGAAUAAAUGAUUAAAUCAUAUCAUUAACAUGGAGGAAUGAUGCCUUCUUAGAAAUUUACUCAUUUUGUUGGAGUAAUGGAUGCUAAAGAUUAUUAAAUAUUUCAAAGAACUGUAUUUCGUAUAACAAAAGGUAAUUUUAUGGUUAAUUAAACAUUGUUAUCUGUUUCAAGAAGCUGUUUUUUAUUAAUAUUUCCAACAUUUUCAUUAUAAUCAGAAACAUGGAGAAAAAUCAAAAAGUUAUGUGAUGUAUUGAAAGUAGAUCAUAUUUCAUUGCCAUUAACAGAAGAAUAAUGGGAUUAAAGAUAUAGUGAUUAUGAUAAAGAAAUAGUUGAAAUAGAAAAUAUGGAUAAAUUGACUCAUUAAUUAUUAUAAUCUAUUUUAAAACCUUUAUUGGAAGAUGGAAAUGCAUAACCAUCAUUAUUAUUUAUCCGAUUUUAUUUAGUAAGAGAAAGAACUCUUUAUGAAAAUUUGAAUAAAGUAAAAAUGUAAUAAAGUAUUUUUCUUGCAAAUUUAUGGGUUAGAACAAGUGAAAUUUAAUUAUUAGAAGAUAUUCUAUAAACAAUAAAAUUGAAGAAUCCUCAUAUUCCUGCUCCUUAAAUUAAAAAAAAUGCUAUUGUUAAUUAGAAACCACCAACCUUUUUUUAAACUAAUUAAUUUAAUAAAUUAUUUUAAUUGAUUACUGAAACUUAUGGAAUUCCUGAUUAUAAAGAAAUAAAUCCUUCAAUAUUUUCAAUAGUUACUUUUCCAUUUCUAUUUGGAGUUAUGUUUGGAGAUAUUGGUCAUGGAGCUGCUAUUUUAAUAUUUGGAAUAUUUUUAUCUAUGAAUAAGAUCUUCUCUCCUAGAUCAGAAUAAAAGAAACUUAGAGAAUAAAGGAUUCAAUUAGGAUUAUAAAUAAAAAAAUAAAUAAAUUCAAAAGAUUUUAAUGAUGAAGAUCUAAAUAAUGAUUUUAAUUUAACUUAGAUAAUUUUUGAUUUAAGAUAUAUGUUGUUAUUAUGUGGAGCAUUUUCUCUAUAUACUGGAUUUAUUUAUAAUGAAUACUUUGGUCUUUCUUUAAAUAUAUUUGGAUCAUGUUUAAAUUAAACAGAUUGUACAUAUCCUUUUGGAAUUGAUCCAUAAUAUGAAGAGUUAAACUUUAGAAAUUCAUAUAAAAUGAAAUUGGCAAUUAUUAUUGGAUUUUGUUAAAUGUUAUUAGGAAUAUUAUGUUCAGGAUUUAAUUACUUAUAUUUUAAAAAAUGGAUAAAUCUUUUCAUAAUAUUUCCAGCAAGACUUAUAUUUUUCACUUUAUUUAUUGGUUAUAUGGUAAUUCUAAUUAUAAUAAAAUGGACUACAUUCUAUUAAGAUACAUCUUAAGCACCAAGUAUAAUUACAACUUUAGUUGAUAUGUGGAUGCAUGAUGGAUAAGUUACUAUUAAAACAUUUGAAUCUGCAGAUUUACAAUACUAAUUACAAAAAAUCAUAAUAAUUACAUGUAUUUUAUGUUUACCUUUUUUAUUAUUUGCUCCAAUAAUUGCAGAUAUUAUUUCUAUGUUGAGAAGAAAAAAGAAAGAUCCUAAAAAUCUAUAAGAAUUUGAAAUGGUUCCUUAGAAUAUGAAUAGUGAUUCAUCUAAUGAUGAUAUUAUAUCUGAAUAAUCAUAACAUUCAUCUUAUAUAGAUAUUAUUGUUGAACAUCUAAUAGAAACUUUAGAAUUUGCACUUGGAUGUAUCAGUAAUACUGCUAGUUAUUUGAGAUUAUGGGCAUUGUCUUUGGCUCAUUCUGAAUUAGCAAAAGUCCUUUUUGAUUUAACUUUAAAAGAUCCACUUGCUAACGCUAAUUUACUUGCUUCUCUUAUUGGAAUGCCUGUUUUUUUAUUGUCAACUAUUGGUAUUUUAUUAUGUAUGGAUUCAAUGGAAUGCUUUUUACAUGCUCUAAGACUACAUUGGGUUGAAUUUUAAAAUAAAUUUUAUAAAGGCAAUGGUUAUAAUUUUGAAGUUUUUUCAUAUAGAAAAGAAAUGUAAAAAUAUUAAGAGAAAAUGAAAACUUGA